ACAUUGAAUGAAAAAUAUGGUUCUGGAUCGUUUUGGCAAUUAGCAGUAAUUAAUGAUGAUGAUAUUAUUGGUAUCAGGGAAAGUUUACGUCCAGGAUCAACGUUAGAAGUAGCUAAAAUUAAUCUAACAAAUGGUAGUAUGAAAACGAUCGGAACAUAUCCAUAUGGUUCAUACAGUUUAGUUAUGACAUAUGCAUCAAAACGUCGAUUAUAUUAUAAUGUAAUUAAUCCAAAAGUGUAUGCUGUCAAUGUUGAUACAGGAAACUUAGAUGUUAAUAUUCAAAUACCAAAUGGAUAUUCAAUAUAUGCCUUAGACUAUGAUUCUAUCAAUGAUCGUUUAAUUGCUCUAGUUUAUUCUUCGUCAGAAACAAACGGUUGGAUUUUAACUCAAAUGAUAAUAACAGAAAAACAAGAAAUAAAGUUUGAACGUAUUGGUACAACAGUAAUUCCAUUUGAGAAAUAUCUAUGGACCACAACAUAUACAAUAAAUUCAAACGAACAUGCAUGGAUGACUAUAUGGAGUGAUAAAAAUUCGAAUGAUAGUAUUUUUAUUUCAUUGAAUAUCGAUAAUGGAGAAAUAAUCGAAAAAUGGGAGAUAAAUUCAAAGGGUUUUGGUAAUCUAGUUUGUUUCGAUUAA